GAAAUGCACAUUUUGCCCUCGUGCCGGUACAAGGACUUCUAGGUACUUAUACCCGCUUAUCAGUCUUGGUUACUUCUGCUUCACUUUCUUUGUUACUCUAUUUUUUGUUAUUGUCGAGAUGGAAAGUGAAGGUCAAGGAUGGUCUUCUGAUAAUCUUGCAUAUAUGGAACUUGCAAUUCAGCAGGCAAAACUUGCUUUGGAAAGCCUUGAAGUUCCUGUUGGCUGUGUAUUCAUCAAGGAUGGGAAGGUCAUUGCCUCUGGGAGAAAUCGAACCAAUGAGACGCGUAAUGCAACAAGACAUGCAGAAAUGGAAGCCAUAGACAUUCUUCUGGAGAAAUGGCAGAGAGAUGGACUUUCAAAAUCAGAUGUUGCUGAAACGUUUUCAAAAUGCAUUUUGUAUGUUACAUGUGAACCAUGCAUAAUGUGUGCUGCAGCUUUGUCAAUUCUUGGUAUAAAGGAAGUAUAUUAUGGUUGUGCAAAUGAGAAAUUUGGAGGGUGUGGGUCCAUUUUAUCCUUGCACUCAAGUGCUUUGAGCCACCUAUCAGUGCAGAAGUUCCGCAAAGAAAAGGUUUCAAAUGUACAGGAGGAUUGCUGGCCUCAGAAGCAGUCUCUCUUUUCAGAAGUUUCUAUGAACAGGGGAAUCCUAAUGCUCCAAAACCUCACAGGCCUCUGGUUCAAAAGGAAGUUGAGUGAUAUACUUAGAUUUAGGAUUUAGGUCUCAUAACAUGAUUUGUAGCUGACCAAAUGUUGAAGGGGAAAGCAAAUAACGACUCAUGAAAUUGACAUAAAGAGAAUUCGAUGAAGGCAUUUCAAGCAUGCGGAUUGAAUGCAUAUUUUUUUCGUUUAUGGGAUUUAGAUUCUUUAGGCUCCUGGAUAUAGUCACUUUCUGAAGAGUUUGAGUGAUCAAUCAAUUUAUUUCAUUGUCUGUUUUUUAAGCUACGCACAAGUACAAAAUUGCUUAGCAAUGACUUCAAAUGAAGUCUCCUUCCAUUGUGUAGGGUUGGCCAUGAAGAUCAUGUUAUGUUUUUCUAAGUCUAUUCAAGAUCAUAUAUCCUCUGAAACUUGUUCUUUUUAUGUAGCUUUCGGUCUCAUAAAACAUUAUGAUGUCAAGGGGCACAAGAUUCAUGUUCCCUUCUCUAUUUUC